CAUUCGUCUAAGCCGCGCGUUUGCUUGUAAACCUCCUUACACAAUAUUAACAUCUACGUAUCGCACUAAUUCGAAACCAUUAUAACCUCGACGAAGUGCAGAUGUAGCCAUAGAUGCACAGGCGCAUCUUGAAGCCUCCAGGAUGAUGUCCUCAACUAACGAAGAGGACCCCUUUCUCCAAGUCCAGCAAGAUGUCCUCACGCAAAUGCAAACAGUGCGACCGCUCUUCGCCUCAUACCUGCGGAUCCGAAGCUUAACCCACAGCUCCUCGUCGCCGGAGCUCGCGUCGGCGCGCGGAGACCUCGAACACGCGCUCGAGGCACUGGCCGAGGAUCUCGCGGAUCUCGUCGAAUCGGUGCAGGCAGCGGAAUCCGACCCGGCGCUAUACGGGCUAUCCGCGCAUGAAGUGACGCGACGCAAGAGGCUGGUGCAGGAGGUCGGGGGCGAAGUCGAGGACAUGCGCGAGGAGCUGAGCAAGACGGCCUCCGCGAUACCAGGUGGGAAGGGGUCUGCGGCGGCUCGCGCGGCCAAAGCAGCUGCGGAGGGGGACCUACCACCACCGAGCGCGUUUGCGAUUGACGACGGAGCGACGGGAGAUGGGGAUGAUAAUUACACGGAGUUUGAGCACCGGCAGCAGUUGCAGAUGAUGCAGGACCAGGACCAGCAGUUAGACGGGGUAUUUGUGACGGUGGGGAAUCUAAGACGGCAGGCCGAUGAUAUGGGACGUGAGCUUGAGGAGCAGGUCGAGAUGCUGGAACACGUGGAUACUCUGGCGGAUCGUGUUGGUGGGCGUUUACAGACCGGCAUGCAAAAGCUAGGCUACGUUAUGCGGAAGAACGAGGAUCGGUGGAGCGGCUGCUGUAUCGCGUUGCUCAUCGCGGUUUUGAUUAUACUAUUGGUUUUACUAUUGAUACUAUAGGCGUUUUGGUACAGGGCACCAACAAGGCAAGGUUCACUGGCGAGGUCGACUGCAAUUUUGUACAGAUCCAGAAAUACAGCGUCAGUAGUAAAGCGAUAUUAU